AGGAGGGCGGGCGCGGGGCGGGCGGCCGGGCGCAAAACGCCACGUGGUGGGCGCGCGUGAACCGCACGACCGCCAGCAUCCGGGCGCUGGCGCAGGAGGUGGCGGGCGGGGCGGCGGACGCCACGCACGCGAGCCAGCUGGACGGCGAGGCGUCGCGGCUGGACCGGCUGGUGGCCGAGGGACGUGGCGACCCUGCGCUGGUGCUCGAGGCCGGCGAGGAGGAGGCCAGCCGGCUCAUGGAGGACCUCGAGGAAGUCGCCCGCGAGGUGGCGGGCGCCGGCGACGUCGUGCAGCAGGAGAUCGACAGGGCGCAGGAGAAUCAGACGAUCCUGACCGCGGUCCUGGUGGGUCUGGGCGUCGCCCUGGCGCUCGUCCUCGUCGCCAUGCUCCUCGCCCGCGCUCGCCCUUGGAGGAGGACCAAGACGCUGCUCAUUAGCGAUAACAGAGGGCGGCGCGGCGAGGCGAGCCACGUGUACCUGGACGACGAGAACGCCGGCGUCCUCAACAUGUCCUUCACCGCGUAUCCUGAGGUGGACGUGAACGGCGCCGAGGUCAGGAACGGCAGGAGCGAGGGCGUCCCGCUCUCCACUCUCACGAACAGCCAGGCGUGACGGGAACGGAAGAGGGGAUCAAAGCCAAAGAGAGAGAGAGAGAGAGAGAGAGAGAGAGAGAGAGAGAGAGAGGAGAGAGAGAGAGA